AUGUCGAUUCAUGCAAAUAUUAAACAGGAACUAGAUUCAUCUGUAACAUCAGAUGAUUCUAAACCACUCUCUAAUUAUCCAGAAAACGCCACGAAUACAGCAGAUGAUAAAUCUACUUUAGAAAAUUUGAUUCAAGCAAGAACGUUAGCAUUAGAACAAAAUACGGCAGAAAUGUUACCCAAAGUCUUAGAAACAACGUCAAAUUUACUUUUCCAAAAAACAGAAUUUCCACAAACUCCUUCUUCUAAAAACGAGUAUUCCAGCUUGGCUCACUUUUAUAUAGAUCUAUUUCAUACUUUAUUAAUUAAUUCUCGAAUUUCCAAUAUCGAGAAAUCAUUAAUAGCAUCUGCCCAUUUCCAUGAAUUAUUUACUUUAAUUACAACAACAGGAGAUCCAAUCCUAUAUAAAUCAGCCAUCUUGACCUAUUCACAAACGUAUCCAUUAUUAUUAGACUUAGUUGCCAAAACAUCAAAUGAAAAAUUAUGGUCCGAUAUGACUAAAUUGAAAAGAUUCAUUAUAUCAAAUUGGAAAUCAAUUUAUCCAUUAUCAACAUGCGAGAAUGGAAUUAUCUCUGGAGUGGAUCUAGAUAGUGAUGAUAAAAAUAUGGGAUGUAAGUUGGCAUCAGUUAAAUUCAUGUCACAAGUAAUCAUAAGCCAAAUCUCCUCAUCUUCCUCUUCUUCUCUAGCUAUUCCUGAUAAUCAUCCUGUUUUGGGAUCACAACGACGUCUAGAAAAGGAGGCAAAAGCAAUACUGGACCUUCUUUUAAAUUAUCUUAUUGAUGAACCAAUGAUGGUAUCGAGUUUAUUCAUUGGUAUAUUGAAUGUAUUAGCAUUCAUUUUGAAGGCAAGGUCGCAAACAACAGUCAGGAUAUUGUCAGGAAUUUUAAAAUUCAAUGUGGAUGGGAAAUAUAUGAUUGACGAGAAAAACGUUCUGAAGUAUAGAUUGUCUAAAAGAAUGGUUGAAAGAUGUUAUAAGAAUUUCGCUCAAUUUGGUAUUAAGAAUCAAUUGAUUAAGAAUGAUUCACCAUCUUCAUCCUCAGGUGCUGAGAGCAAUACAUCAACUACAAGUAGUAGCAACUUCUAUGGGAAAUUCUCUAAAAUCUCACAAACUUUACAUAUAAUUGGAGAAGAAACAAAGGCAAAGGGUAUUUUAAAUUAUGAAGAGACGGCUUUCAUUAAUAUAAUACCAGAUAAUGAAAGAUCAAGAAUAAUGAAUAAUAGAGAGAAAUUCCAAUUAAAAAAGACAAUUGAUUUCAAUAAUAAUUUAUUAACUGAUUUGAAAAAUUAUUCGUUAGAAAAAUUAGAGUCGAGUGGAAAUGACCCAAAUAGAAUCUUCAAUAAUUCAACAAUCGCGAUUGAUAAUUCUUAUAGUUCCAUUUUCUCAUUAAUGAAUAGUGAUAACUCUAAAUUCGAUUUAUCACAAUUUAAGACUGAGCAAAAAGGGAAAGAAAGUGAAAUUCUAAUUCAAUUGGCCUCGGAGGCUUUAUCAAGUGUUGAUACCAAUAGGUUUAUUAAUGCUUUAUCGAUUGUUGCUUCAAGAUAUACAGAUUUAAUGAAUAAGACACCUAAUCCGAAAGAAAAACGUUCACAUGAUGAUACUGAUAAUAAUAAUAAUAAUAAUAAUAAUAAAGAAAUUGAAGAAGAUGGGUAUGAUUUCAAUAGCUCUGAAAUACCUACAAAGAAAUUAAAAAUGGAACCUAGUCAGGAAGAUGAUGUAAAUAAAUAUAAAGUAGAAGAAGAUGAAGAAGACGAAGAGGAGGAGGAAGCUAUCAAAACAACUGACCUUGAUGAUACAAAGUAUUUAUUUAAACUGGAACCAAUGGAUAGAGAUACUAAAAUAGCCAAUAUUAAACGAAUAAUUCAAAAUAUAUUGUCAGUUAAGGACCAAAGAGAAGAAAAUAGUCUGAUGAUAUCAGCGAAUAAUAGUAAUAAUAACCAAGAUAUAUUUAGUCCGUUAAAUAAGAUCAAGUUAAUUGACUGGAAAAAUGAAAACUCUGGAUUUGAUAUUUUAAUUAGAUUAGCUAGUCGUGGUGUUGAUAAUAAUGAAAAUUCGGGACUUUGCGGUGAUAUAAUUAGAGACAAUUUAUAUGAAUAUAUGUUACAAGAUUUUGAUAACAAAGUUGGAUUAAUGGUCGAAUGGCUAAAUGAAGAAUGGUACUUUGAGUCCAUUUCAAAAUCUUUUGAAUUUGCUACUUAUAACAAAUGGUCAUUAAGAUUAUUAGAUGGGUUAAUACCAUUUUUAGAAAACAAUCAUAGACGAUUAUUUAUUAGAUUAAUGAGUGAACUACCUAAAUUGACAAUGGAUCAUAUUAAUAAAAUGAGACAAAUAUGUAUGGACCCAGCAAGAAACUCGUUAGGGUUCCAAACUUUGAAGUUUUUAGUGAUGUUUAGGCCGCCAGUGAAGGGCAUAAUUAAAGAAUUUUUGGAAUCCAUAUUGAAGGAAGAUGCUACAUUAGAAAAGCAAUGUAAUUCCAUAUUGAGUAAAUUUUACUAA